AUGUCGGAUCAAGCCCUACACGAAUCCACGGCGAUACCGACGCUGUCCGAUGCGCCUCCGCCGAGCGCCGGUCGCUCAUCCCCCAGCUACGGGGGCGAGCAGACCCAGCCGAACGAAGCCAUCUCAGACGAGCUGAAAGCCCGCCUGGACAAAGUUAUCUACUCUGAUAUUGGCAUAACCACACUCCUCACUCGGCUGAAGCAGAGCGUGGCCUCCGCCAGGGAUUUCUCAACGUUCCUGAAAAAGCGAGGUUCUCUUGAAGAAGAGCACGCUCAGGGGCUGAGAAAACUGUCCCGCGUGAUCAGCGAUGCGUCGCAACGCUCCGAGAACCGACAAGGAACAUACAGUUCCAGCUACAAGGACAUCCACCGAAUCCAAGAGCGAAUGGUCGACCAUGGCCUCCAAUUCGCUGUCUCCCUCCACCAGAUGUCCGAUGAUCUGCACGAGCUGGCUGCCAACAUCGAGCGCGGCCGCAAGCAAUGGAAACAGACGGGUUUAGCUGCGGAGAAGAGGGUCGUCGAUGCAGAAUCGCUGGCAGAGAAGGCAAAGGCCAAGUACGAGUCAUUGGCGGAGCAGUAUGACCGUGUUCGCACGGGAGACAAGCAGGGCGGAAAGUUCGGUCUCAAGGGCCACAAGUCUGCAGCGCAGCACGAGGAGGAGUUGUUGCGCAAGGUCCAGAACGCGGAUAGCGAUUAUGGAUCUAAGGUUCAGGCUGCUCAGGCUGCGCGCCAGGAGCUAGUGUCUACCCAUCGACCUCAGGCUGUACACAAUCUUCAGCAGUUGAUCUCUGAGUGUGACUCGGGCUUGACCCUGCAACAGCAGAAGUUCGCCACAUUCAACGAGAAAUUGCUUCUAGGCCAGGGUCUCUGCGUGAACCCUUUGAAGACCGAUGGAGCAUUAGGACCUAAGAGCCUUGCCGAUGUUAUUCGCCAAGUUGAUAACCAGAGAGAUCUCCAUGAGUUUAUUUUAAGCCAUGAAGGCAACCCGGGGGCUGUGGCUUCGGAACAGGUCAAAUAUGAGCGCCACCCUACACUCGGUGGUGCUGGUGCUACUUCUGCUUCUGCAGCAGCUUCUCAACAAAGCACUCAGAAUAAGCGCGUGUCAAUCAUGCCGCCGGCAUUCACCUCGAAUAAUACCUCUUCGCCGGCGCUUCAGCCACCGCAUACCGGUGACCGGUUGCCGCAGUCACCUUAUCCUCCCGAGAAGUCCUUCACUCCGCCCCCAGCCGGCACACCUCCCUAUCCAGUAUCAGGGCCGCCUGCUCCGGAACCCGCACCCAAGAUUCCGUUGCCAAUGGCAGGACCUCCCCCAAUGGACAGGAACCUCCAAUCGAACCUCCCUCCGUUGAAGCCAGUAUUCGGUGUUUCGCUGAACGACCUGUACGCCCGGGAUGGAACGGCGGUUCCAUUCAUUGUGUACCAGUGUUUCCAAGCAGUUGAGCUGUUCGGUCUGGACAUGGAGGGCAUCUAUCGACUUUCGGGUAGUGCCAAUCACAUCAGCCACAUGAAAGCCCUGUUUGACAAUGACUCAUCGCAAGUCGACUUCACAAACCCGGAGAACUUUUACCAUGAUGUCAACAGUGUUGCAGGACUUGCGAAGCAAUUCUUCAGGGACCUACCUGACCCUCUGUUCACCACUCAGUUCUACCAACAGUUCGUUGAUGCUGCUCGCAUCGACGAUGACAUCCAACGCCGAGACUCGAUGCACGCCCUUAUUAACAGUCUGCCUGAUGCUCACUAUGCUACCCUCCGCGCCAUCAUUCUGCAUCUAAACAAGAUCCAAGAACACUAUACCCAGAACCGCAUGAACGCGGGCAAUCUAGCCAUUUGCUUCGGACCAACACUUAUGGGCGCCAAUUCCGGUGGCAGCAUCGCCGACGCUGGCUGGCAGGUCCGUGUCGUCGAGACGAUCCUGAAUAACACAUUCCAGAUCUUCGACGACGACUAG